CUCGGUUUUCCGCUGGGAGAGUUCAACCCGAGUCACAGGGCGCAGCCAAACCCAGAGCCGAGCCCACAAGAAAAGCGUGCCGUAAUGCAUCAAUCAGCCAUGUAGCCUUAACGCUGCUCGGUGUGUGUUCACCCUGAGUCAGCCGCGGGCUCCGCGCUUUCACCGCUGUGCCGUCAGACAGGGGACUGAUCGCACCUUGCGCCUCGGGAUCCGGAUGAUGCGGGUGCUGUUUGAAUGAGCUGCUUUCAGGACCAGGAUGGAUCUACCUCGUCGUUUCCCAGACCAAAACGCUCCGCUGUACACCGAGAGCCCGUUAUCGUUACCGUUAUCUCAUAUGGUGGCGGCGCCUGUCGGCGGAGCUUCGGGGAACGGCUCCGGCUCAGGGGUCAGCAGCGCCUUGAGGAACGAUCUGGGCUCCAACAUCCAUGUUCUGAAAACCCUCAAUCUACGCUUCCGCUGUUUCCUCGCCAAAGUGCACGAGUUAGAGCGCAGGAACAAGCUGCUCGAGACUCAACUGCAGCACGCGCAGGAGGUCUCCCGCUACAGGGCCCGUUUCCCCCGCGAGCAAGCCGUGCAGACGGAUCUGGAGGCGCCAAGAGAGGCGAGAGUCCCGGGGAAAAUCUGGAGCUUCUCCCAUGCCAGGAGGUACGGAGGACGCGUGGAGAUCCACCAGGGGCCUGGAGUCUCAUGGAUGCACCCGGAUGGUGUAGGAGUUCAAAUCGAUACCAUCACACCUGAACUGAGGGCCCUCUACAAUGUCCUGGCCAAGAUAAAGCGCGAGAGAGAUGAAUACAGGAGAAGAUGGGAGGAGGAGGUGUCCAAGCGCCAGCAAAUGGAGUCCAUGGUGGAGACUUUACAAGAAAGCGCCCAAGAGUCUGAGGCCAUACAAGGAGAGUUAACAGAGAAAGUGGAACGCCUUAAAACAGAACUGGUCGUUUUUAAGAGCCUCAUGACUGAUCAAAUGUCAGAUUUGGACUCUAAAAUCCAUGAAAAAGCCAUGAAGGUGGACAUGGACAUUUGCAGACGUAUAGACAUCACAGCCAAGUUGUGUGACGUGGCCCAGCAGAGGAACUCUGAGGACAUGAGCAAAAUGUUUCACGUCAGUCCCUCCAGAGUGCCUCUAGAGCAGAAAGCGGUGUCUGCGGCAUGUAAGAAGAGAGAGUGUAAGGGUGUGUGUGAAGAGGACAGUGUGGAGAUGGAGGCGGAUAGCGGCGACUGUGAAAAGGAAGUGGCUGGAUCUCUGAACAUCACUGACGAGAUGAAGCGCAUGCUCAACCAGCUGAGAGAGACGUUUGACUUUGACGAUGACUGUGACAGUCUGGCCUGGGAGGAGACUGAGGAGACUCUGCUGCUGUGGGAGGACUUUGCUAACAGCCCUGUUAUUACCACCUCCGCUGCUGCCGCCACCACCAAUGCAGCCUGUACUGCAGCCUGUGCUGACUGCCCUGUAGAGGCACAUGAGCAGGAUGGAAGUCUGCGCAGUCUGAUAAAUGAGACUGAAUCGCUCUUUAAAAACAGAGAGCAGGAGUACCAGGCUACUAUCGGACAGAUCGAGCUGGAGCUGGCCACAGCCAAGAACGACAUGACCAGACACCUGCAUGAGUACAUGGAGAUGUGCAGUAUGAAGAGAGGACUGGAUGUGCAGAUGGAGACGUGUCGCAGACUCAUCAGAAGCUCGGGGGCCACGGGCAGACACUCACCCUCCUUCAGCUCUGCGGCCAGCAGCGACUCAGGAAACACAGAUGACAUGCAGGACGAGCUGGACAGAGACAGCGAGAGGGACGGAGAGAGGAGCGGAGAGAGCAGUGGAGAGAAGGAUGGAGACAGAGAUGCGGAGAGGGAUGUAGACAUACCGGGAGAGACAGGUAAAGAAAUGGAGGGAGAGAUGGGUGGAGAGAGAGAAGAGAGGGGCAGAGAGAGGGAUGGAGAGUCAGAAGUAUAUGAAGAGGCCAGUUGAUGUCCAACCCCACCACAUGCCUUUUAUUUCAAAAAGUGGGCCAGGUGGUUGUGCAAAUCUCCGGCUCUCUCCUCUUCCAUGCCGUCUCUGUGGCUCGCAGGGCUAAAAGUGUUGGUGCUGUAUUUGCUGUCCCAGUUGGGGUCAAUUGAACCAGCUUAAAGCAGUCUUAAAGGAUCAUUCUACUGAAGUUGCGGCCUCUUCAUCAGCACUGCCACAGCAUGGCUCCCUCACCGGCUUGCACAAGGCUCACUCUUCAAACCUGCAAUAUAUACCACAUCCUCAGAUAACACUCACUAUGAGCUACAGUGAAGAGGCAACCGUUUGGAAAGUAUUUGAUGGUUAUUUAGUGAAAUGUGUUAGUUUUUUUUUUUUUUUUUUUUGUAAUAAUAAUUUUUUUUUUAUUAUAAUAAUAAUAAUGAUUUUAAAUGAUACAUAAUCACUAUGUUGGUGAUUUAUUAAGAGGCAGUAUUUAAUUUUGUUGCUGUUAUACCAAAUCCUCAUAACCCAUCAUACAUUGUGUGAACAUUUCAUGAUAAAUGUAACAAUACAAAUGCUCCAAAAUGAUUUGGAUAAAAUCUCAUUAUAGUAACAUACAUUGAAGUUGAAGCUGCACUGCGCAGAUGAACCUUUUCUGAGUUGGAACAAAAAAGAAACACUAAUGGGCAAUUACAUAUUUCCACCAGAGAGGUCUCCAAAUCCCCAAAACCUACAUAGGGCAGCUUUUAGAAUAUUCUUUUACCAUUUUAGAGAUACUGUUUUUUAAAUGAUGACAAUUUAUUUGUUUCUUUUGGUCAGUAACAUUAGACUUAUUUAUAUAGUAUAUUUUCCAUUCAACAGUAGAUUGUUGGCUAAUUAAAAAAACCUAUUAUGGUGGAAAGGUAACUCUGAAAUCUGGAAUAUGUUUGAGAAAUGAGUUCCUCAACAAUAGCUCAGCCAUGCAUUUCCCAAGAAUACAUGUCCAGGAGUUUCAUGGUGCUCAGGAACUCAAAAUGUGGAGUAGACAACAUUGCACAACAUGAACAAUGGUGAUACUGUGCAUUAAGAACUAUGCAACAUGCUAUCUUGGACUGUCCUUUAAAUGUGGUCGUGUGGUUUUCCGGCUUUUUUCUCUAAAUACCGAAUACUUGGUGAGAAAAUCCCUUAUUGCUUUUCUUAUUUACCCUGUAAUGCAGGAGCUUAAUUGAGCUCCUCUGAGUGUUUUGAGAGGUGAUGUCAAAACAGUAGUAAACCCAAACCCAUGUGCCUACAACUGUACUUUAUAUCUCUCUGCCUUAUUCAAUUUCUUUCUUUAUAUGUGCUUAUUUAAAAACAAAGGAUGAUUAAGCACCUUUGACUCUGUCAUAAUUAAUGUUCAAAUCUGAUCCUAGACUAAAUCAAAGAAUCAAUGUUUAUGUAAUAUGUGCUACAAUUGAGUCUCCUUUUUAAACAAGAAAGCCAUAACCAUGUCGGUCCUCAGGUUUUAGUUAGUUUAGUUGAAGUGUAAAUUUGGGAAUAUAGUUUCUUUAGAAAUAUACAACCUGUGCUUUGUUUCCAGGUUAUAAACCAGGACCACAUGUAAGAAAAAGGAAACUCUUAUUGAUUUUCUCUUGUAUGUAUUAUAUCAUGUUUAAAAAGGGCUUCUUUGAGUGCUCGCUAUUAUGACUGUGUGCAGAAUUAUGUGGAGAUUCUCAAUCAUUGUUGCCUUUUUUAAUUUAUGGAAACGAAUCAUUCCAUAUUUUGUAUCUUCUGCUUAAUGAUCAUGGAAUAAAUCAUCGUUGAUACACUAUCA